UACCUUCCUGACCUGUACCUUAGUUGUCUUCCAUGAAUCUCUUCUCUUACCUCUCUCCUUCCUAGAAAAUCCACACAACAUUCCUCCCCUUUUCCCUCUUCAUCCCAUAUAUAUACACCACACACACAUGUUCCCUUCAUCAUCAUCAUCAUCACUCUCUCUUCUUCUUCUUCUUCUUCUUCUUCACCUUUGAGUUCAUUCAUUCAUAUUCAUUCUCCAUAACCAUGGCUACUACACCAAACUCCCACCAACAACAAGCUCAGUUCCAAGACCACCUACCUCUCAUGGCCAACAAGCUAGGAGGUGAUGGCCUAAUAGACGAGCUCUGCAACGGGUUUAACCUCUUGAUGGAUGCAGAAAAAGGGGUCAUUACUUUUGAUAGUCUCAAGAGGAAUGCCCAUUUUCUUGGGCUACAGGACCUCAGUGAUGAGGAUCUUCGUUCCAUGAUCGUGGAAGGUGAUUUUGAUCGUGAUGGGGCUCUAAGUCAGAUGGAGUUUUGUGUCUUGAUGUUUAGACUGAGUCCUGAACUCAUGGAAAGGUCUCAGAUGUGGUUGGAGCAAGUGCUUGAGCAAGAAAUGAAAGAUUUUUUGUAAUUUUUCUCACCCUUUUUAAUUUCAAUUUGUUGUCAAUUUGGGCCAUUUUCCCAAAAAAUGUAAUGGAAUGAAAUUUGCAGUAAAGAAAUAGAAUUGAUUCAUUUGAUA